CAGUACAUCGUAGGGACUCAAAGCUCUCAUUUCCUUCUCUGGCAUGAAGCCUAACUCUCCGAAGAAGAGAGACCCAGCAUGGAUGUGAAGAAGCAUGAGCCCCUUUCCCUACUUCUCUUCCCCACUAGCAGGAGUAGCCUCUGUCUGCCUCCCAGCCAGGACCCAGUCCCUGAAAAUUCUGAUUUCACCUGCUCUUCUGCCACUGUGAUCUGAAUUGGGCCUCUUCACCUUUCCAAGCCUCAGCUUCUACAUCUAUACAAUGGCUGUGAGGAGGCUGGGUCUGUGCCAUCCUCCUACAUUUGUAGGAACCAAGAAGGGUCAAAACCCAUAAGUGUUUUGUAGGGCGUAAGUUGUACUUGAUUUAUUGAGAUUAUUUCUUCUGGAGCCACAGAAGGAUCUUGAGACCUGGCCUCUCCUUAGAAAGGUUGACUUCCUCUGUUCCCAACUUGGGAAACUAUUCCCCAGUGAGGGUGGGAAUUGCCCCAAGGCCUUCUACCACUGCCUUGCCCUGGGAGGAAAGGGUAGGGGCCUCAGAAUGUGAUGCUUAUUGCCAAGAGACAAAAACCCAGUUUACACCCGAAGCCUCCCAUGUACUUUACACCUCUAUGGCCCAAAUCCAAGGUGUCCCUUGGGUGGGCAGCGUCUAAUCCUCUGGGAAUUUGGGCAGUAGGAGAGGCAGCUGCUACUCCCACCACUCUCAGCCCUUCUUCCCAGUUUUCUGCUAAGUGUACGGGGUGAGGAGGCACAUGCCUCCAUGCCUGGCCAGUUUUUUAAAAUUUUUUUUGUAGAGAUGGGGGGGUCUCACCAUGUUGCAUAGUCUGGCCUUGAACUCUUGGCUUCAAGCGAUCCUCCCAAAGUGCUGAGAUUACAGGCACCAGCUACCCUGCCUGGCCCAGGCUGUCUUAGACAUGCUGGGCACCCUGAGUGGACCUGGCCCUGAAACUGCCCCCAGGGGUGACCCUAGUCCUGGUGGCAGACAGGCAAGGGUUAAAAGGUGUGGGCCGGCCUAGUUCCUGGCCAGGUAGGCUGGGCCAUUACCUAGUGGGAGGUGGCCAAGGCAUCUGCCACUGCUGCUCACUGCCACUACCAGCCGGAGCCAGGGCCUGGUCGAGACAACUAUUUUUGAGGUAUCUGAGGCUACCCCACAGCACUCUCUGGCAUUGGCAAGACUCGUGGCUGUGACCCAUGGGCCUCUGAGGAGGCAUUGUAAGUCCGCCCAGCUCCCCACUUGCUGUGCUCCCACUCAAUGCGAAGGGAACCAGGGCCAAGGUACCAGGGCCAAGUGGGUCCAGACAUCCACACGGAUUCUGAAAGGGCAGGUCAAGCAGACUUUGUCCAGCUGUCAGCCACGGCCUCUCUACAGCACCAAGAUGGAAGUCAAAGGUCAGCUGAUCAGCUCUCCUACCUUCAAUGCCCCAGCUGCCCUGUUCGGAGAGGCUGCCCCCCAGGUGAAGUCAGAGCGUCUGCGGGGGCUGCUUGACCGGCAGCGGACCCUGCAGGAGGCCCUGAACCUGAAACUUCAGGAGCUCCGCAAAGUGUGUCUCCAGGAGGCGGAGCUGACUGGCCAGCUGCCCCCUGAGUGCCCACUAGAGCCUGGUGAACGGCCCCAGUUGGUCCGCCGGCGGCCCCCCACAGCCCGUGCCUACCCUCCACCACACCCCAACCAAGCACACCACUCCUUGUGCCCUGCUGAGGAGCUGGCUCUUGAGGCCCUGGAGCGUGAGGUGUCAGUGCAGCAGCAGAUCGCGGCAGCUGCCCGUCGCCUGGCCCUGGCCCCUGAUCUGAGCACCGAGCAGCGCCGGCGCCGUCGCCAGGUCCAGGCAGACGCACUGAGGAGGCUGCACGAGCUAGAGGAGCAGCUCGGGGAUGUCCGGGCCCGCCUUGGCCUCCCAGUGCUCCCGCUGCCCCAGCCACUGCCACUGUCCACGGGGUCAGUGAUCACCGCCCAGGGAGUCUGCCUGGGCAUGCGCCUCACUCAGCUCAGCCAAGAGGACGUAGUUCUGCACUCAGAGAGCAGCUCCCUCUCAGAGUCUGGGGCCAGCCAUGACAACGAGGAGCCCCAUGGCUGUUUCUCUCUGGCCGAGCGCCCCUCACCACCCAAGGCUUGGGACCAGCUGCGGGCAGUAUCCGGGGGGAGCCCUGAGCGGCGAACCCCAUGGAAACCACCCCCAUCAGAUCUUUACGGGGAUCUGAAGAGCCGACGGAACUCUGUGGCCAGCCCCACCAGCCCCACACGCUCGCUGCCCAGGAGUGCCUCCAGUUUUGAGGGGCGAAGUGUGCCUGCCACCCCAGUCCUCACGCGGGGCGCUGGCCCCCAGCUCUGCAAACCUGAAGGCCUUCAUUCUCGUCAGUGGUCCGGCAGCCAGGACUCCCAGAUGGGCUUCCCCCGGGCGGACCCUGCCUCCGAUCGCGCCUCCCUCUUCGUAGCUCGCACCCGCCGCAGCAACAGCUCUGAGGCCCUGCUGGUGGACCGGGCUGCUGGUGGGGGAGCUGGCUCCCCGCCCACCCCUCUGGCUCCCUCUGCCUCUGGCCCCCCAGUCUGCAAGAGCAGUGAGGUGCUGUAUGAGCGCCCCCAACCAACCUCUGCCUUCUCCUCCCGCACAGCAGGCCCCCCAGACCCUCCCCGGGCCGCCCGGCCUAGCUCAGCUGCCCCUGCCUCCCGAGGUGCCCCCCGGCUCCCACCUGUGUGUGGGGACUUCCUCUUGGACUAUUCCUUGGACCGGGGUCUGCCCCGCAGUGGUGGUGGAGUAGGCUGGGGGGAGCUGCUGCCUGCCGCUGAGGUCCCAGGACCCCUCUCCCGCCGGGAUGGGCUCCUCACCAUGCUCCCCGGCCCACCACCUGUGUAUGCAGCUGACAGCAACAGCCCCCUCCUCCGCACCAAGGACCCCCACACCCGUGCCACCCGCACCAAGCCCUGUGGCCUGCCCCCAGAGGUUGCCGAGGGUCCUGAGGUGCAUCCAAACCCUCUGCUGUGGAUGCCCCCACCCACCCGUAUCCCCUCGGCUGGUGAACGAAGUGGCCACAAGAACCUGGCUCUGGAGGGGCUGCGGGACUGGUACAUCCGGAACUCGGGACUGGCCGCGGGGCCCCAGCGCCGGCCUGUGCUCCCUUCCGUGGGCCCGCCACACCCACCCUUCCUCCAUGCCCGCUGCUAUGAGGUGGGCCAGGCGCUGUACGGGGCCCCCAGCCAAGCGCCACUCCCACACUCGAGGAGUUUCACGGCGCCCCCUGUCUCUGGCAGAUACUACGCGGACUUCCUGUAUCCCCCGGAGCUGAGCGCUCGUUUAAGUGACCUGACGCUAGAGGGGGAGCAGUCCUCCAGUUCUGACACCCAGACCCCGGGGACACUGGUCUGACCCCUUCUGAUAUGUCCCUUGUUGGCUUGGGCACGAUUCCAAUCUGGGGAGCACAUAGCUGACCUCGCUGGGCCCUGGGGUGUGGUUGCUCUGUCCUGAGUGCAGUGCGCCAACCUAAUCUUCCAAGGCCCCUGGCUCCCCGUAGGCCCAGGAAGGUGUCUGACACCCUGCUUCUUCUCUCACACUGUGCUGGGGACUGGGGGCCCUCAGCCAGCUUAAAAGAGAGAGGAUAAUGUCAUGGGGACCCCAAGCCCCUUCAUCCAUUUAUGUUUACAGUUGUGACUUAGGUAUUCACUGUCUUCCUCCAACACUAGACGUUUUAUAAAAGGGAAACUUGAUCUCAUCUGGUUGGGUUCAUUCCUGUUCCCAUGCCCAACCGGGUUCCAUUCAGUAACCCCCUCCAUAAAAUGGACCAUAUCAGGUCUCAGGGCCAUUUAGGGCAGCCAGGAGACUCCGGUGUGAACAGAAAUCCCUGCCAUGCAUCGCCAGGGCAGUUGUUGGGGCAUUGGGCUCUCUGCCCACGCUUGGAAGGACUGCAGUCUGGGUGGGAUGCCUGAAGGAGUCCAACCCCGUCUGUGCCCAUGGCCUCUGCCCUGACCACCCCCAGUCAGGAGGCCCCACAGGAGGGGCAAAGGGCAGAGCCAUCAGGUGUGCCGUGUCCUGGGAUCCUAUGGGGGUUGAACCUGGCAUCUACCAGACCUGGCACCGGUAGAUGCCAGUAAAAUCCUCAGGUGAGGUCUGGCUACAGGCUGCGGGCCACGGGCCGCUCACCACUCACACCUUCCUUGGCUUUCCUUCCAUCCACCCCCCCCUUUUUUUUUCUUUUCCUCGAGACGGAGUCUUGCUCUGUCGCCAGGCUGGAGUGCAGUGGCACAAUCUCAGCUCGCUGCAACCUCCGCCUCCUGGGUUCUCCUGCCUCAUCCUCCUGAGUAGCUGGGAUUACAGGCACACGCCACCACACCCAGCUAAUUUUUGUAUUCUUAGUAGAGACAAAGUUUCACCAUAUUGGCCAGGUUGGUCUUGAACUCUUGACCUCAUGAUCUGCCCACAUUGGCCUCCCAAAGCACUGGGAUUACAGCUGUGAACCACUGCACCCAGCCCCCAUCCACCACUUUUUAAGCAAACCCACACAAAUUGUGUUUUCUAUGAUACCUGUCUGUGACUUUCGGAGCUGGGGGUUCCCCUACCCCCUUUUCCUGGUGUUAAACUUUUCUUUUUAUACCAGUGGAUCUGGGCCCAAGACAUUAUCCACACUGGAAGGGGAUUUGUAUAAUAAAUGUGUAAACUGAA